GAGGGGAGGGCCAGGGCUGCUUUGUGAGGGAGGCUGUUGAGUCAAAGCCGGAAGGUGGGGCAGGUGCACCUGAGGCCGGGGGCGCUGCCUGGCGGAUCGAGGGGAUGGGAACACAAGGUGCCGAGCACCCUACGGGGUCUGCUACGCUCCCGAUCCCCAGGUCUAGAGGGACCCCAGUGCCCAGGACCCUGUCCCACGGCUCCUUAUGGACGGCCUGUCAUGAAGAGAGGAACCAGCUGAAUGCACAAAAGCCCAUCAGGACACCAGGAUUUGACCAGAAGACAGUUCCUCUCCUCCCCUCAGGACUUCUCGGAGAUUGCUCUGCCAUGACCACAGCGCGGUACCGGCCCACGUGGGACCUGGCCCUCGAUCCGCUGGUGUCGUGCAAGCUGUGUCUCGGGGAGUACCCAGUGGAGCAGAUGACGACCAUAGCCCAGUGCCAGUGCAUCUUCUGUACUCUGUGCCUGAAACAGUAUGUCGAGCUCUUGAUCAAAGAAGGAUUAGAAACUGCAAUCAGCUGUCCUGAUGCUGCCUGCCCUAAACAGGGCCACCUGCAGGAGGACGAGAUUGAGUGCAUGGUUGCAGCAGAAAUUAUGCAAAGAUACAAAAAGCUACAAUUUGAAAGAGAGGUGCUCCUGGACCCCUGUCGGACGUGGUGCCCGGCCUCCACCUGCCAGGCCGUGUGCCAGCUCCAGGAGAUGGGGCUGCAGACCCCUCAGCUGGUGCAGUGCAAGGCCUGUGCCAUGGAAUUCUGCUCCGCCUGCAAAGCCAGCUGGCACCCUGGCCAGGGCUGCCCGGAGACCAUGCCCAUCACCUUCCUUCCCGGAGAGACCAGCUCUGCUUUCAAACUGGAGGAGGACGACGCACCCAUCAAGCGCUGCCCCAAGUGCAAGGUCUAUAUCGAGCGGGACGAAGGCUGUGCCCAGAUGAUGUGUAAGAACUGCAAACACGCCUUCUGCUGGUACUGCCUCGAGUCUCUGGACGAUGAUUUCCUCCUAAUCCAUUACGAUAAAGGACCCUGCCGGAAUAAGCUGGGCCAUUCCAGGGCGUCCGUCAUCUGGCAUCGGACACAGGUCGUGGGCAUUUUUGCUGGAUUUGGGCUCCUGCUAUUGGUGGCCUCGCCUUUCCUGCUCUUGGCCACGCCGUUUGUACUUUGCUGCAAGUGCAAGUUCAGUAAAGGUGACGACGACCCAUUACCCACCUAGAGGAAGGCACGAUGCUGGAACAAGACCCCUGCCUCUGGGAAGCGUGGCUCUCCCCCACCCCACCCCGCCGUCCCCUCUCACUAAACAUCUUUCUUGCCUUAUGUGCCCCAUUGAGCUUCAGUGUCACGCCGGAUGCCGUGAUUUCAGGGAGUGAUGUCAGAGCGUGCGCCGAGGCCCAGGGUGCGGCCCCCCGGGCGUGGGGAAGGCAGGCUGGCGUGGGUAGGGCACGUCCCCACACAAUCCGUCUCCGCCGACUUGACAAGGGAGGCGCCGCAUGAAGCAAGCAGGGCGGUUUUCUCCCAGUGGUGAUAGACUAGGAGUGUCUGGGGUUUGCCUGAGACCCUCUCGUGCAAAAUGUUGUCCGUCUCCUCUUUGGCGUCCAGAUGGCGCCACGUUCCUGAAAGAAGAAGUCUUUGGAGGAUUACAACUCACUUCAGACAGAAUCCGAUAAUUCUGACUUGAGGAAAGCACUCUGUUUAUGACAACUGUUUUUAUUACUAAUGGCAUUUAGUAAAAUCCUUUUUAGAAGGUGUUUUUUUUCUUUCUUUCUUUUUUUCCAACUGAGUAGUGAAAAAUCAACAAGGUGCAUCUACACCAUCCUAUGCCUUUCUUGAAAUGUGCAUUUUAGGAAGAUACCGUUAAACGACUUUUCUGGCUCGGCCACUUUUCAGGAGAUUUAGAAAGCCUUACGCGCUCUUUGUGUUUUUCUCGAAACUCGUAAUGACGUUUUGAACACUGUACGCAGCGUACUGUUACCAACGUGGGUCCCUAUGUUGUUGCAUUUCUUUGAAAAUGACCAAUGUGUUUAAAGGAGUAUCUUCAUCAUUAGAUUUUCCUUUUUUUUUUUUCUUCUCUCUCUUUGGGGGCUUCUCUCUUCUCAUCCAGGUAUGAGCAAAUAUUUUUUAAUGUCUUUGGAAACCAAAUGCUUUACUUGGGAAUCGUUCUGCUGGGAGCCACUGUGGCUUGGCUGCUUGCCUCAGCGUCCUCGUGGCAACAGGGAGAAGAGAACAGUGCUAUUGGUCCUCACCGGCAGGGCUUCCUGGCAGGACUGGACGACUCCUGGGGGCUAGGGGAGAAGCUUCCCAAUUUUCUGUUUUUUGUUUUGUUUUGUUUUUUUGUUUUUUUGUUUUUUGUUUUUAACUAAGUUAUUUUGGAGAAAUCUGUAUCGUACACUGUUCCAGGUCCUGUUGCUAACCAUUUUGCCCCACGGGGGGGGGGGGGGGGGGACAAAAACCUUCCAUUUCACUUAGUUAUUUCGAUUAGAGGAUCUUACCAACUUAGCAUCUCCUAGGCUGUGGGUGACAGUUACCAUAGAAGCAGAAUGCACGGAUCGAUAAGACACACAUUGCUCCAUCAGUUGACUUUCAAAAGUGGAGAAAGUGUGUUCUUUCCAGAGGGUUGGCUUUAAUAUGACUUUUAAAGCCACCUGAGCAAACUGAUUGCAUUGAACCUGGGACUUCUAAAAAUAAAAGAAAGGCAAAUGUAGGUUUAUCCUAGUGGGACUUUUAAAAACUCAUUACACAUUCCACAAAGGAGUGAAAUGGAAACAAAAUAUGACUUGUUUGCUUGUUGCAAGCAUAUUUUUAAAAUGGUGGGGGUUUUUUUUGUUUGUUUUUUUGUUUUGUUUCGUUUUUGGUAUGUUUGACUUCUGCAUUUGUGUGUUGGCCUCGGUUGCUGCUUUGCUUCCCCGUAUAGAAAUUUCUUCCUUUGUUCCUAACAUUUGAGAGGUUAGAAGAAACUGUACCCCUUCACUCUCCACCUGUGGUAUUAGUUAUCUUUAUGAAAUCGAAGCCAUUAGGAAACUAAUCUGUGUCAAAAUCACAUUUCAGAACAUUCUCCUUACAACCACAGUUGAAUUUUUAAUUCAGUAACAAAACAAGAACACACCUGAAAUUGUCUUUUCAAUGAAGCCCGGACAGUGAGUCCCUGUAGGUGGAUUUGUCAUGACAGGGUCUGGUGGUAAAUGGCUUUACAGAGAAGGUGACACUCCAGGAGUCGGGGGCCCAGGCUGGGAUCCGUGGGUGCACUUGUCUAGCCAGACCCUUUAAGAUGCCUAUCAAAGCCAGCAGACUCGUGGCCCUGUUUCCGGUGUUCAGGGGGCAGGCCUCACCCCAUCCUGGUCCACCUUUACUGUGCAGGGUGCUUCCCAUUGCAUAUCAUACACAGUCUGCAUAGUAGUACCCCUUUCCUUUGGGGUGGGACCUAAGCCUUUGGAAAGGAUACAUUCUCUGGGCUGGAGCCCAGAUCUCUUAAUUUUUAAUGGAUUGGGCUGUUCAUCUAGCCUGGAGAAAUCCAUAAGCAAAUCCUGCACAUCCAUAGCCUCAGCCAUCCUUGUGCCUUCACCUCUGACACAUUUCCCAAGCGCGUGGUUCGACCUAGGUAGGGACCACGGAGAUUCUGGGGCCGGCCACAGCCAAAGUAGCAUCUGCUUGCUCUGAUUUUUUGCACCAAGCAUGCUUCACUUUGCUUGGUUUGAUUUCAUAGUAACAUGACUAAAACUCUCCGUUCCUUAGGAAGAUACCAGCAGGAUUGCAUUGAGGUGUCAUGCGUAAACUUGCUUUUCUGCAGCCCGACUCCUCUGUUUCAGUAGGGAAUGCCAUUCAUUCCCAUCAUUGGUGGGGAUGCAAUAUUAACCACGCAUGAUGUAAAAUGUACACAGAGCGUGGGAAGAUGGCCCGCGUCUUGGAUUUUAACCUUGCCUUGCCAUCACUCCCCAGGGGAACUUGGGGAGCUCUACACUUCAUAGGUGGGGUGUUAAAUGGCAUAGCUUGUCUUAGUUGAAAAUUACAUUCACUUUCACGGAUGGUUUUCAUGCCGACGUUCUGGAAGCACAUGUAUGUUUAUUCCUUUAGAGGCCUUGAAAUCCUGGAGGAGGGGAAGAGGACCCCUCGACCAUGGCCGAUGCGACUGGUAUCUGGUUGGGGUGGCGCUGGAGGGCAUGGCUGACCUUCGGUCGUCUGUGUCCCUCUGACCCUCUCAUACAGUUUUCUUGGACGUGCCUGGCCUAUCGGUCUGGCUCCGUCGUGUACCGUGUAGCCGGGCCCUGGAGCUUUGUGACGGUCACAGGAGGCCAGUGCCCUCAGAGAAGGAGUCGCCGUAGAUACUCACAUAGCACAGAUUGACUCGGGAUCUGAGCAUAGUCAGUUCCUUCGAUUGCAUGAGCCGCCAUCCAGAUCAGUUCUUCCUCACCCCCCCGGGAGCAACCAGAGACUAGGGAACCACCGUGUGGCACCCUCCUAACCAAAUUCUCUCGACAACAUUCGAUUCCAUAAAACCAGUGUAGGAACCAGGCCGAUUGCUGACCAGAAUGCAGGGCCCACGGGGAAAAGGAUUCCCAGGUACGCAAAAAUUACUCCAAGAUGACUCUGUCUUUUUCAUCUUCUAUCGUAAAGUUAAAAGUUAUUUAACAGGUUAGAAGAGGACAUUUUCCCUUGGUAGUCUUUAACAAUUAGGGGAUUGGAAAGAACCAGGGUGGGCUUUUUGUAUAUUUCUCAGAUUCUCAUUUAUUAAUAAAUGCCCCUGUAUAUAAAUAUAAAUAUAUAAAUAUAUAUAUAAAUCACAGUGAAAUCAUCAAGGGAGAAACAUUUUGCAUGUAUAAAGCUUCAUGAAGGUCUCUUUAAAAAAAAAAAUACCAAAGCUUGUUUAUUCCUUAUAAUUAACCCAAGUCCUUAUGAAAAUACACAAAACGAAGAGAUUAUGGCUGGUGUUGCCAAAAAUGCCAAAUAGGACGACGGGCCUGCACUCAAAUAUAGUUGCUAAUGCGUCAGUCCUAGGAGAGCAUGCUGUUUUGGUAUGUAAAGCCCACGGGCUCCAUUCUCCCUUUGGUUUAUAUAACCCUGUCUUCCACACUUCUGGGAGCCUUUGGUGAGGGGUAGGUACCUGCCACAUGCCUGACCUUUCCUUCCUUCUUUGCUCAUUUUACCAUGGGUAUAUUUUAAUCUUGUAUAAAAAUAUGCAUGAGUGGGUCAUGCACAUGUAUACAGUACGUAUUUUACAUGCAGUGGUUAAAAAAAAAGUUCGGUUUGUGUUUUUUGAAAUGUCAGUACAUUUUGUGCCACUAACACUGUGAUGUAUAAAAGAGCUGUUUGAAUGCCUUUUAAUGUUGUGUUUUGUACUUUGGAAUCACAUGGAAAAGUUUGAUUUGUAAUUUCAAUACAUAUUUUAAAUGUAUUGUGUCUUACGUAGUUUGUCCCCCCUUUAGAAGGGAUUUCUUUUUAAAGAGAUUUUGGCUGGAAUACAGGUUACUUUUGUAAAUCCUG